CGAGAAGUGCCCCUCUUCGGGUAGCCGAUGUUUAUCAUGAACUCGGUGCACUGCAGCAUUGUUUGCUACUCAGCAAUCGAUUCGAAUUCACCAACGUAGACCCACUACAAGAAGGGCUCAACCACCAUCAUAACUCCUGCCAAGUUUGAGCUUGGCAACGUGCUUCCAAAGGACGAUAAGUCGAUGAAGCGGCGUAGAAACCCCUGGAUGAAGAAGACGGUAGCGUUCAGCUACUAGCUGGUAUCGGAAGAAGCGUCGAAAGAUUUCAGAAGCAGCUCUGCCGUUUGGUCUUCACUUUUCCACCUUCGUGUUCGUACGUCCACUCAUUUUGAACCCCUCCAAGGAUGCAUCACGCGAAAGCAGCAGCCGUCGCCUUUCCAUCACGGUCACGGUCGUCACGGGGCAGAAUGGACCCGCGACGUAGACGAUUUGUCGUCAUUGCUGUUGUUGCGCUGGUCCUGUUUCUUCUCUACACAUAUGCUGGACAUCCAUCACCGUCAUCAGUGUCCUCUGCAGUGCAGGCAGGACUCCAAUAUUUCCUCCAUGUGCCGGAUCUUCCUGCGGCGAAUGCGACACUAGGGUUUGGUGCUAUUGUCGCAGUAUCCCAACUCACAUCAAAACGCCGAGAAAGCCUGCUGCUGGCAGCGAACAUCACCGAGCUCAACAUUACGAUUCCUGAUCAACCAGUCUGGACCGACUCAGAUGUCGAGAAGUUCAAGACGAAGAACCACUCUCUCAUCACACGUGGCUCGGCAAUGGCAUGGAUGGGCCACUUGAACGUCCUUCAUUGGUUCCUCGACUCAGGCCUAGAAACAAUGCUAGUAAUGGAAGACGACGUAGACUGGGACAUCCACCUCCGCACAUCUCAAGUCCCGAAAGUAGCAGCAGCAAUGCGCACUCUCCUCACCGAACAAUCCGGCCAGCUCCCCACAACAAACACAAGGCAAAAGGUGGUCACUUCAGAACAAGCAGGGGGGUACUGGGGCAAUCCUGAAGACUGGGAUAUCCUCUACCUCGGCCACUGCGGCGACAUGUUCACAUCCCGCGACUGGAUGAACGAAACACAAGUACCUCGCGUCGCCGUCAGCGACUCCACCCUCCCCUCGCCAGAAUACAUGCACAUCCUCACCCGCCGCUUCCUCCGCGAAAUCGGCGUCCCUGUAAAAACAAGAGUGGUACACAAAAGCGUCUCUCCCUUGUGUACCUUUGGCUUUGCCCUGUCCCGCGCAGGAGCACAUCGCUUACUCUACGAAGUCGCGGGCAAAGAGCCAGAAGGAGGCAGUGAAGCCUACGACGUCCGUAUCCUGGAAGCCUGCCGCGACCUUAAUUUCCGCUGCUGGUCUGCAAAUCCGGAAUUAUUCCAUCAUCAAGACGCUCCCUCGGAAAUCGCAAUCGUGAAUGCGAAAAAGGGAAAAGAUCAUAGUGCAAAAGAGCACGAUUCAAAAGCUUCUCCACCGGGGAUUGGCGUGGACAGUGAAGGAAGAUUACAAGGAGCCGCGCCGAAUAUCGCAUGCGGGAUGCGAGGAAGCAGCUUUUGGACACGAGAUCCGGAGACGAUAGAUUAUCUUAGGGAAGUUGUAGGGAGGCAAGGGCAUUGUCUGAGAGAUCAAGUCGCCGAGGACAUGAGUGUGUGGCCUCGUUUUUGAGGUUUUGUUCUUUCCCUUCUUCUUUUCUCUAUAGAUUUUUUCCCCACAAUUUUACUGUUUAAUGACCACUAGAA